UCAGGCUCAUGUCUUGUGUCAAUUUGACACUUCAGUGACAGUAUAAGGGGGUUGAUGUUGAUUAAAAUUUUCUUGCUUGGAUUUUAAAAGUAUUAAUUAAAAAUGACUAUGAUAACUUCAACUGGUUUAAAAUUAAUUACCAAACAUCCUCCUAUAGUUGCUGUUACCUAUAUUCGUUUAAAUAAUUACAGUACUAAUAAUCAAAUAUUAAACUUAUCUGAAUUAAAACGAGGUACUGGAGGCAGGUCUAGUUUUAAUGGAGUUGUUGCUACCGUUUUUGGAGCAACAGGAUUCAUUGGUAGAUACAUUUGUAACAGAUUAGGAAAAUGUGGUUCACAGAUUAUCAUCCCAUAUCGAGGUGAUAAUUAUGAACCAUUACGUCUCAAAUUGGUUGGAGACCUUGGUCAGGUCUAUUUCCAUCCAUAUGAUUUAAGGGAUGAAGAAUCAAUUAAAAAGUGCAUUAAGUAUUCGAAUGUUGUUGUUAAUCUAGUAGGCAGAGAUUGGGAAACUAGAAAUUUUAAAUUUGAUGAUGUAAAUGUUGAGGGUGCUAGGAGAUUGGCAAGAUUGGCUAAGGCUGCUGGAGUAGAACGUUUUAUUCAUUUAUCAGCUUUGAAUGCAUCUGAAACCCCAAAUGAGGCUGGUUUGUUACCAAAUGGUUCGAGGUGGCUCAGAAGCAAAGCAAGAGGUGAAGAGGCAGUGUUAGAAGAAUUUCCUGAAGCGACAAUAUUUAGACCUUCGGAUGUAUAUGGACAAGAAGAUAGAUUUGUAAGAUAUUAUGCUCAUCCUUGGAGACGCAUAGGACCACUAUUUCCUUUAUGGCAUAAAGGUGAAAAAACUGAAAAGCAACCUGUUUACGUCGGGGAUGUUGUUACUGGUAUUAUGAAUGCCAUUAAGGACCCAGAUACGGCUGGAAAAAUUUACCAGGCUGUAGGACCCAAACGUUAUCUUCUUUCUGAAUUGGUUGAUUACUUCUACAGAAUAAUGAGGAAAGAUGAUGAAUGGGGAUACAAACGGUAUGAUAUGCGUUGGGAUCCAUUUUUCCAACUUAGAGUUACACUAACUCAAAAGUUGUCUCUUAACUGGCCAAUUGCACAUCUCCACUGGGAAAAACUUGAGAGAGAACAUUUAUCCGAUGAUGUACAAAGUGAUAUUCUAAGUUUAGAAGAUUUGGGAGUUAAUUUAACUACAAUAGAACAGCAAAUGCCGUGGGAAUUCAAACCUUGGACAUAUGCAAUUUAUAGAGGACAAGAUCCAGAUGAGCCAUUUGCUGCUGCUGCUCCACCAAGAACUGUUAAUGUCUAAUAUAUAUCUUUUAGUCAACUAAAACUGUUAUAUUAUCUGUAAUUAUAAAUUAUAAAUUCUGGAG